GCUUCCAAGUGAGAGUAGCGCACUGCAAAAUUUCCAAUAGAGAGAGAGAGAGAGAGUGGCAAUGGCGACGGAGAUUUCUGUGAGUGGUAAUGGCAACAUCGCCGACGCCAAGAUUAACGGCGCGGAAGAGAAAACCAAGAAGGUCAUCCGAAUUCAGGUUUCCAAAACCAAGAAACCCUUCUUCUUCUACCUCAAUCUCGCCAAGAAGUACAUAAAGCAGGGCAACGACGUCGAGCUAUGUGCACUGGGCUUGGCUAUUCCAACUGUUGUAAUCAUCUCUGAGAUUUUGAAAAACAACGGGUGGGCACUCGAGAAAAAUAUCAUGACUUCCACUGUUUGUGCCAAGGAAGACAAGGAAGGUCGGGGGAUUCCAAAAGCUAAGCUUGGGAUUUUGAUGGGAAAGGCUGGGGAUAUGGAUCAAAGUAAUAUUUCUGCUUCACGGGGGAAGAAUGAAGUUGAUAAGGCAACAGUUAAAGAGUAGUAUAAGUAACCGGAGAUAAAUGAAGCAUUGAAGCUCUUUUGCUUGUGUGUGCAAAUGGAUUCUACAAUCUCGUUAUAUUUUCUCUGGUUCCUUUUUCUUUUACUGUGUUUAGGAAGGUAAGAUACAGCGAUGAUAGUCCUUCUAAAUGCGGUUUUGCCACAAGGCUAUUACGAUUUUACUCCUGUAAAAAGUGUUUCUUUUACUUGUAUAGAUGUACUUUCUUCAUAAUGAUAAUGGAAUGGCAUGAGUUCAAGCUA